CAGGUGCAUGCAGUUACGCGUAGUGACGGGUAGAGGAUCUGUAGAGCUGAUGUGAACCAAUCAAAUAGGAAGGGGAGGAGCGGUAUCGGGAGUAAAGUGGCCAAACGGAGUACCAGUACACUUCAGCAUUCACACACAUUGCAGAUCCGUUGCUGCUGCACAGCAAGACGCGUCUGCCAAGUCUGGAGCGCUCUACUGCAUGACGUUCAGCACUCUGCACAGACAGGACACUUACCCACCAGGACACAAGCGUUUCCGUCGCACACUAUCGUCCUCUGUACUGUGAAGUGCAACAGCGGUCUGUUCGGGAUAAAGACAGCGCUUAUUCAUGAGCAGUGUCGCAGCAAAACAGGGACAAACACCGGGGACAGGAGCGGCGAGCGGCCGGGAAGGUGCAGACAGCAAUACUCUGAGGAUCUAAUUUGUCUGUGAUGAGCAUCCCCAUCCACCAGAGACCAAAGGCCCGCCCUCAUUGCUCCUGAAGUGAUGUCACGCCACCACCGCUUUGAGAGGGACUACCGGGCACCCUGGGAGCGGAGAGACAUCCGUCCCUCUGGCCUCCACAAUGGAGGAGCCAAUCACAGCUGUGCCUCUGCUGUUCUAAAUGGCAACAAUCGUCCAGGGCUCCUCCCACUCCCAGUCAUCCCCUCCCUCCUCCCCAACCCGGUGUCAGUCGUUGUGACGACAUCGAGCAGCGACAAAGCGGUCAAGAGAGGCAUCACAGCAGCAGGAUCAGUGACUCCUGUCCUGGCCAAGGUCUCAGGUGUGUCUCCUGUUGACAACCAGAGCCCAGGACUGCUGCUGGCUCCAGGGGUGAGGUGGGGACAGACGCCCAUUAACCAGCUCACACCUUGGGAUACAGAUGAGCCGCCUGCCAAGCAGCAUCGAGAAGGCGAGCCCAGCGGUUCAACCUGGGUUGCACCAGGAGUAGUGGUGAGCCAGCCCAGCCUCCUGCCUCACACCUACACCCUCCCCCAGAGGCCCUCCUUCAGUCACAGUGUGACAGCGCAGUCGCCCAUUAUAGGAAUAACACCAUCCAUCCAGACAUCGGUUCCCAAUCAGCAUCCUCUCAUGACGGCCCACUUUCAGCUGACCCCACAGUCCACCCAGCAGCCUCCCACUAUGGUUAUGAACAUGCCCAGUCAGUCUCCGUACCCCUCUGCCCAGCCCAUUGUGACAACGUCCGCCCUCACUGUUCAAGCCAACCAGGUGGUUCAUCCAAACCUUCACAGCAUGAUUGGUAAUGGCCAUUUGACCUCUCAUCCUGGCCUCAUGCAGCCCCCUCCCUUACCUCUGACCAAUGGACAAGGAGCAGCAGCACAGGCUCCGCCCUCAGCUGCAGCCAAUCAGGAUAAUCCUAAUGGACUGCAAAUGCUGCGAACUGUUGGAAUGGGGAAGUACGAGUUCAGCGACCCAGGACAUCCUAAAGAGAUGUUGAAGGAGCUGAACCAGCAGCGCAGAGCGAAAGAGUUUACAGACCUGAAAAUAAUAGUUGAUGGCAAAGAGUUUGAAGUCCACCAAAAUGUUCUAGCUUCCUGCAGCUUGUAUUUCAAGGACCUGGUGAAAAGGUCAUUGGGAGAGACGAGGAAAGGGGAGAUCCUGGAGCUGAACAUGAGCAACAUCAGCGCCGACGUGUUAGAGCUGCUGCUCGAGUUUGUCUACACAGGAUCGCUGGUCAUCGACUCAGCCAACGCAAAGACGCUGCUGGAGGCCGCCAACAAGUUCCAGUUCAACACGUUUUGUAAAGUCUGCGUCUCAUUCCUAGAGAAACAGCUGACUCCAGCUAACUGUCUGGGAGUGCUGGCGAUGGCUGAAGCCAUGAGUUGCAUAGAGCUCCAUAACAUGGCCAAAGCCUUUGCACUGCAGAACUUCCCUGAGGUGGCGGGACAGGAAGAGAUUCUGAGUGUGUCCAAGGAAGAUCUGGUGUCCUACCUGUCCAACGACAGUCUGAACACCAAGGCUGAGGAGCUGGUCUACGAGACGGUCAUCAAAUGGAUCAAACAAGACCCAGACUCCAGAGUACAGAGUUUGUCAGAGCUGCUGGCGGUGGUGCGUCUUCCCUUCAUCCACCCAUCCUACCUCCUCAACGUGGUGGAUAAUGAGGAGCUGAUCAAAUCAUCAGAGGCGUGUCGGGAUCUGGUCAAUGAGGCCAAACGCUAUCACAUGCUGCCUCACGCCCGACAGGAGAUGCAGACGCCCAGGACUCGACCGAGGCUAUCUGCUGGUGUAGCAGAGGUGAUAGUUCUGGUGGGAGGGCGUCAAUCGAUCGGGAUGAACCAGCGCUCCCUGACAGCAGUCACCUGUUUCAACCCCCAGAACAGUAAGUGGUACCCGCUGGCCAGCCUGCCCUUCUACGACCGAGACUUCUUCAGUGUCAUCUCAGCUGGAGACAACAUCUACCUGUCAGGUGGCACAGAUGCCGGUGUGAUGGUGGCUGACGUUUGGUGCUACAUGUCUCUGCUUGAUAACUGGAGUCUGGUGUCCCAAAUGACGGUGGCUCGCUGCAAACACAACAGCCUUGUGUACGACGGAAAGCUGUACACCAUCGGAGGACUUGGAGUAUCAGGGAACCUGGACCACGUGGAGAGGUACGACACAAUCACCAACCAAUGGGAGACGGUCUCUCCUCUUCCUAAACCGGUCCAUUCAGCAGCAGCCACAGUGUGUGGAGGGAAGGUCUACGUGUUUGGAGGUGUGAACGAGGCCAGCCGCUCUGCAGGUGUCCUCCAGUCCUACGUACCGCAGAGUAACACCUGGAGCUUCAUUGAAUCACCUAUGAUAGACAACAAAUGUGCCCCUGCAGUGAGUCUAAGUGGUCUAAUAUUCAUCCUGGGAGGAGCCUACGCUCGAGCCACCACCAUCUAUGACCCAGACAAAGGCAACAUCAAGGCUGGUCCCAACAUGAAUCACUCUCGACAGUUCUGCAGUGCUGUGAUCCUAGAUGGGAAGAUUUUUGCCACAGGAGGCAUCGUGAGCAGUGAGGGUCCUGCCCUCGGAAACAUGGAGACCUUUGACCCUUGCACCAACACAUGGACGCCCCUGCAGUCUCUGCCCUGUCCGCUUUUCAGACACGGCUGUGUGGUUAUCAAGAAGUACAUUCAGAGCGGCUGAGGGUGACUGGGAGCUGAUCACUCUGGGCUAUGGUUGAAAGUUUGAAGGCAGCUUAGGGCCAGAGGUCAGUCUGUGAUCUCUUACAGCCAGCAUCCAUCCACCCGUUUCCUGUCCCACUCUACAGAAUGUAUUCGUGUUCAACUUCUCAGCUGUGACAGGUGACGUUGCCUAAACUCCAGGACUGUACGUGUCAUGGUGGUAGAUCAUCCAUCAUCUACAGGGACAGGCACAGGGACCCUCUCAGUAAACUCCUUUUUUUGUAAUGAAGUCUUCACUGUUUCAUUUUUUUCUGUAAACUCACCACAACCAGAUUUCUUCACCGUGGUUAAGCUCAAUGAAAGUCAAUUAAAGGUGAGAUUUCUCCCUUUUUCAGAAUGAUGUUCAACACGUGAAGCUUUCAUGUUCAUCUCAGAGAGCAGAGUUUUGUUUUUUUUGUAUGAGAACACUUAACAGCAGAGAAAUCAAGAGAAGGAAUGGACUGUUUUCCUCCUCGUCAGGGGAAUUUAAGUCUCUUCUCUCUUCACUUUGGAAGAGAAAAAUGCAAACUGAGUGUGGAUUUAUGAGAUAAUUUGAAAACACAUAUUCGAGCUCUGUAUAACUAGGUUCCUUUGAAACUUGGUGACUUUCCAAAUGUGAGGAAAAUCUGGCUCAGGUAGAAGAAAAUCAUUAUUUUCUGUGUGAUUGAAGCCAGAUUGAGAGAUCGUCUGGACAGUUAGGGAUCAGACUUUUCCUUCCCUUUCCAAAGAAUGCAAUUCAUAGAGAGAGAGAGACAGAGGCAUAUAGACAAAAGACAGACAGACAGUUCAGUCAAUCUGGAAAAAAGCACAAUAAUCACUGUCUUACAUUUAUCUGUUGAUUCAUGAUUUCUGUGUUUCAUCAGUUUCCCUUAACCAUCUUCACGUUUCGAUCAAUGUUUUUAUUUCAAACGGAAACAAGUUGAGUUUUUAUUCUGUAAAUAAAGGAAGGAAAUAUGUAUAUUUUACAACCUGAAAGAAAUUCUGUAUAGAUGUUUUUCUAAAACCUAGAGGAUAAUCUGUAUAAAUGUUUUUCGAAAAAGUGGUUGGAUUUAAAAGGGUAUGUCUGUAAAUACAGUAUGCACUCAAAGAUAAUUUAUGAGCUGUUAUUGAAACCUAAUACAAAUAUCAGAUCAAUAAAACUGUUUCUUUUUUUGUAUACAGAAUAAUAAAA